AUGGGCCGCCGCAAGAUCGAGAUCAAGGCCAUCAAGGACGAUCGCAACCGCUCAGUCACCUUUCUGAAGCGGAAGGGCGGCCUCUUCAAGAAGGCCCACGAGCUCUCUGUCCUCUGCUCCGUCGACGUCACCGUCAUCAUCUUCGGCCACAACAAGAAGCUCUACGAGUUCUCCUCCGCCGACAUCCAGGAGACCCUCGGCAGAUACCAAUACUAUGGACAGCCGCACGAGCACAAGGGGCCGGCCGACUUUCUCGGCAAGGGCGCGCUCGACGACGACGAGGACGACGAGUCGCCCGCGCCAGACGACCAGAUGGGCGCCGUCUACCGCCCACCACCACCACCACCGCCGCCGCCCCAUCAGCAACAACAACAUCAUAUAAAGCAGCCGCCGUCAGUCUCGCCGCCGAUAGAUGGACCCCAUGCGCCGCCCGGACAGCCGUCGCGGCCCUCGUCGCGCAACCACGUCCAGCGGAUGGCCAUGCAGCAACACCCGCAGCAUCACCCGCAACACGGCACGCCCCCUCCACAGUCCACGCCUGGCGCGCAGAACGGCUUCUACAUGCAGCAGAACUACCAGCAGCAACAGCAGCAGCAGAUACCGCGGCAGCAUCCACAGUACUACCCGCAUCAGCCUCUGCCGCCGCCCCAGCACCCGCACCAGCAGCACCCGGCCAUCGCCCAGCAGCAGCAGUACAUCCCGGACAACAGGCGGCAGUCCGGCCCCUUCCCUGACCAUCCACACCAACAGCAUCAACAACAUCAUCAACAGAUAAAAGUAGAUCCCAGCCCGCCGCCGCAGGCAAAGCCCAUGCCGACCAAGUCACGGUCCAUCUUCACUCCCAUAGACGACCAUGGCUCGGUGCUCGCGCAGCAUUUCCGCUUUGGUCCCACCGUGGAGUCGCCCAAGAAGGAACCCAGGCAGACUCCCAAACAGCCACCUCCACCUCCACCACAGCAGCAGCAGCAGCAGCAGAUACCACACAGGACGUCUGUCUCGUCCAUCCCGCCGCCCUCCAGGACAAAUAGCAUCCAGUCUAACAUCAAACGGCCUAUCCUGAAGGUGCAGAUACCCAGCGAGACUUCAGAUGCAGGCAGCAUGACUGCAGGUUCCUCGCCUACCACUGGAACUAACCCUGUCCCUGCCGGUGGUGGUAAUCCCCCCGGUGGUGGUCCAAGUAAUGCUGCUGCCACAUCAACAUCUACCGGGCUGGUGCCUGGAAAUAAACCGGCAGAGACAAGCCAUUCAGCUGUCGUCCUGCCUCCACCGUCACCCUCGGCCUCUGCCUUGCUCAGCGCAGGUGCCCAUGGCCCGCCCAACCCCUUUGCCCGCCCCCCUCCGCCAGCAUCAAACAGCCAGCCAUCCAACAACCCUUCCAAUACAAACAACAGCAGCGGCACCAACAAUAACAAUAACAACAACAUCGAUACCCCCAUCUCUGCCCUCCCGAGCCGCUUUGUCUCUGACACCUUGCUCCCCUCCCCGUCCAGCUUCUACCCUGAAUGGGGCUUCGGUCGAUCCGGCCCAGACAGCAACAUGCUUCCCUCCCCCUUGACCUUCUCCACGCCUGUCCUGCAGAACUCCUCCCAGCCAUUCGCUAGCAGCUCCUCUAACCCCAAUGCCCAUUCGAAUGUUACUUCAAACAUUAACAGAGAAGACGAGUCCGAUCGCAAGAGAAAGGAGCCCGAGUCCAGCUCUGAGACCGCCGUCGACAAGAGGCUCAAAGUCGAGUAA